AUGCGGGCGCUGCUUUGGCGCGGCGCGCUCCUCCCGCUCCUCCUCCACUCCGUCCCCGCCCGAGCGCCGUACCCGAAGUCGCGCGCCAACAGCCCUAGCCGCCUGCCUCUGACCGACCCUCAGCGCGUCGUGGCGCGCGCCCUCUCCCGCUCGGCGCUCUCGGACGUGCCGGCCACCUCGCUGCUGGCAGAGGUGCCGCAGGGGGAGCCGCGCGCCCGGCUGCUGCGGGCAGCCAUCGAGCUGACCGACCCACGCCAGUGGCGGGCGGCCAUCGCGCUGCUGCGGGCGAUGCCGGCCAGCGGCGCCGGCCCGCCGACGACGGUCGCCUACAACCUCGCGAUGCGGGCGUGCGUGCGCGGCGGCGCGUGGGAGACGGCGCUCGAGCUGGCGCCGUCCGGCGGAGCAAGUGGCGUCGAGCCGACGGUGCAGUGCUACGGCGCCGCGAUCGCCGGCUGCGCCUCACGCGGGGAGUGGCGGCCGGCGAUCGCUCUGCUGCGCGAAGCGCAGGCCGCGAGCCACCAAGCCUCCGAGCAUCGAGCAAUCUCGGGGACUCUCGGGUACUCUCGGGUAACGCGUGCGGUGAUCUCGCAGGCCGAGCCGCUGGUCCCAAGCAUCGAGUGCUACAACGCGGCUCUGGCCGCUUGCGAGAAGGGCGGCGCGCCGGACAGGCGUGCUUGCCAGGGGUUCGCGCUCCUCGCGCAGCUGUACCGCACCACCCACGGGACCUGA